AUGGACAGAGACCGCUUCCCCAUGACGCCCUCGCGCGAGCCGAAUCCGCUGCGACCAUACUACAUCCCGCCCUCGAUUGGCACAUCUGCUUCGGCUUCAGCAUCACAAACACCGCAUGUCGCGAAAGUCAGCCCUCCCAGAUCAGGCGCAUCGAUAGGGAGCAGUGCUCGUGACUUGUUCGAAAUCGACAUUGACAUCAAAUCCACGACGAGCGAAGCAUGGCAGCACACACGGAGCUUGUUCGACACCCUGGCAUGGCGGUAUACUUCAGUCCUGUUGGCACAGCCCUUUGAUGUGUCCAAAACGAUACUGCAGGUCGCCUUGCCACCUUCUUCCGCGACGGCAGCAACACCGCAGAAGAAGAGGAGUCGUGCGUCUAGCAGACAGGGAGGCAGCGUCAGAGGGCGAGGCAAGGACCAACAUUACGACGAUGAAUCAGACGACAGCUACGACAGCGACCGCAGCGACGAUAUCCCAGACUACUUCACUUCUACUGCACCACGGAGUCGAUCACCAAGGAAACGGAGACGAACACCGCCAAGCCAGAAUGCAUCACCUUCACCGACACCUCGGCCACGGAACAGGAGAGAGCAGGAUGAUGUGAAUGAUUACAAGAUCAUAAACAAAAAGCCAGCCAGUAUCAUGAAUGCCAUAUCGGCCUUAUACAACACGUCUGGCGCCGUCGGGCUAUGGCGAGCCAGCAACACCACUUUUCUGUACUCAACACUUCUGCGAACUACAGACUCGUUCGUAAGAAGCUUAUUGCUGGCCAUACUCGGACUUCCAGAUCUGCCCGGUCCAGACCACGGCGGUCUAGCACCUGGAUUGAGCUCGCGAGGCGCUGGCUUCAGUGGUAUCGACCUUAGUGACAGCCCCAACGCGAUAGGGUCGUUGAUAGUGGUCGGCCUCGCCAGCUGUAUUACCGGUCUGCUUUUGGCGCCGUUGGAUCUGGUCCGAACGAGGCUGAUAGUAACACCGGUAUCUCAUCCACCAAGAGGUCUGCUAUCGAACCUCAAGUGCCUACCUUCCUUGGUGGCAUCAUCAGACCUAUGGCUGCCAACGGCUCUGUUCCACUCAAUACCCAACAUCUUCUCGGCUGCUUCUCCACUCUUCCUGAGGCGACAGAUGCGACUAGCUCCAGAAACGACACCGGGUCUUUGGUCGCUUGCGGCAUUCACGACCUCGCUCAGCGAGCUGUUCAUCCGACUACCACUGGAGACCGUGGUGCGAAGAGCACAAGUCAACGCAAUAAAGAAGGCACAGUCAGAUGUACCGCUUGUCAUCGAUCCUGCGCCUUACACCGGUGUCUGGGCCACAGUAUACGGUAUCAUGUACCUCGAAGGGGAGACGACAACGACAGCCGCCAACGGAAUGCUUCGGACACGAAGAGGUCAAGGCGCUGCAGGUCUCGUCCGAGGCUGGCGAGUCGGCUUUUGGGGUUUGGCAGGUGUCUGGGGAGCAGGCGCGUUGGGUCCUGGUGACGUGAAGAGCGGUGGGCAAUUUUGA